AUGGCUCGAUCAACUUUCUGGAGCAUCAUUGUGCUGGUGCUUGACGCUGCUACAGACAUACUCGCUUCCAGCUGGGCAACUGCUAACGUGCUACCUACGCAGCUGAUCAAGAAGCUUUCGGCUACCCCUACACUAAGCGCCCAGCACGAUGGUCAACGGACAGGUGCCCUCGCCGACUCGCAGGCCGCCCUCCAGGCAAACAAAGCCACAUUCUUCUUUCAAUUAGAACGAGAGCUCGACAAAGUCAACGCCUUUUACCUGCAAAAAGAGGCAGAGCUGAAAAUCCGCCUCAAAACCCUUCUCGACAAGAAAAAGGUCAUCCAAUCUCGUCAAGGCAUUUCGAGGCGUUCAUCAAAAUUCACAACGCUGGAAGAGGGCUUUCAACAAUUCGCCACCGACCUCAGCAAACUCCAACAGUUUGUCGAAAUCAACGGCACCGCCUUUUCCAAAAUACUCAAGAAAUGGGACAAGACCUCAAAAUCGAAAACAAAGGAGCUGUAUUUGUCAAGAGCUGUUGAAGUCCAACCCUUCUUCAAUGCUACCGUAAUCAGCGAGCUAUCAGAUCAGGCUACGACAAGUUUACAAGAACUUGGUGCCUGGUCAGAUGGCAUCCAAGUCAAUUUUCAGAGCUCUGGUCAUGUCGUCACAAGCCAGCAUUUCAUGGGAACUGAUGAAGGCGAUGCUGACACACUUCUUCUCGAGACUGUUAUUACCAGCAAUUCUGACACUUUAAAGGAGCUUCUGACCAAGAUGCAGUCUGCAUCCAGCGCCGAGGCUGGUGACAAUCUUUUGAUGGACAGGGUGACUCGCACGUUCCUUGCUGCCAUCAACGAGGCGCCUCGAGUUUCUCUCCAAAUACUUCUCGACACGGGCCUCGUUGAUCUGCAUUCGUACGACGACAUCAAUGAACGAAAUUGCCUUCAUCAGGCCACCAUUUACGGCAAGGAGUACGUGCUUGAAUGGGGUCUGAAGGCUGGUGUCCCUGUUGACCGUACUGAUGUAUAUGGCCGUGUCCCUGCACACUAUGCCAGUUUGCACGGACGACUUGGCAUGCUGGAGGCUCUUCUUGAUGCAAAUACCAAGACGAUUGACCUGAUUGACCACGACAAUUUUACACCCCUCAUCCACUCCAUUAUUCACGGCCAUCUCGAUUGCGUCAAGCUAUUACUCGCCAAGUCCGCUCGUAUUGACCCCGUUUCCGAGGCCGACCAUGUUCCUCUGAAUCUUGCUUGCGAGCACGGCUCCGGGCCAGUUGUUGAGCUGCUUCUUCAGCAUGGUGCAAAGAUCCUCCCAGACGCAGAAGGACUGUAUCCUCAACACUUGGUCGCUCGCUCAGGUCAAUCUCCUGAUCUCUUGUUACUGCUCAAGCAAUUUGGGGCGGAUCUGGAUCAGAUCGACAAGCUCUAUGGGUGGACUCCUCUCGUACAUGCUGCCAGCGAGGGCAGCGUUGAGUGCCUCCAGGCACUCCUCAAGAUCGGCGCCGAUGCUAGCAUCUUGGAUGAGAAGGACCUCCCGGCCAUGUACUACGCCGCUUGGGAGGGCCAUCUGGCCUGCAUGAAGCUUCUUAGACCCUUUAACAAUCGACCUCGGGCCAGUCCUUUGGUUGCGCAACCGUUACUAGAGCCCAUGGGCAGCAGUAGUGCUCCUCAGCCUAUGACAUUAGAUCCCGACGCAAUCCCUAUUCUGGAGCUGCCGCCGCCGAUAAUUCCACUGCGACGAUAUGGACACAAUUUCCUUGACACCAAAACUGUCGUCCAAAUCAGCUUCGAUGAUGCUAGCGAACAGCCUCUCGUCUUCUUUCAAGAUGGAAAAUACCCCGCCGCUCGACUUACCAUUUCGUCUAAAAAUUCCGAACUUAUUCCGCAAAACAUCAUCUUACCCAUCCAGGAGGACACUCGUAUUGCCUCGUUCCAGGUCGACAACCUCGAUACAUUCUCUCUCGAUUUUGAUGUCUUUCCGACCUACGGUGCCAAAAUUAUUGCCAAAACGGUUGCGCUGUCCAGCACAUUCAAGAAUCCGCAAGGCAGCACGGCCUGUUGUCUGCCUCUGUUUGAUCCACGUCUUCGCGCGAUUGGUCAGAUUAGCUUCAAUACGCAGGUCAUCAAACCGUUUAAAGGACAGCCUCUCGAAAUUACGGACUUUGAGACUUACUGGAAAGCAACUAGCCAAUUCAAUCAGCCCACCAACGCUGUCGUCACUGGCUCGAGCCUUUCUGGCGACUUUGUUCGACUGUGUGUUCAAUACACAAGUGACGGAGUUCCGGUGAUCUGGCCGCAGUGGACCAUUGACUGUGGCUGGUCCGACAUUGCGGUCUGUCGCUUGAGCCUGAGCCAGUUUCAAACUAUUACUGCGCGAAGUGCAAGCCGCUCUGACCUAUCCACUUUGGCCGACAAAAAGGGUGAGAAUAUUGCCGAGAUUUACCACGUGUUGGCAACAGCUGGUGUUACGCUCAAGGAAGCGCUUGUCAUCUUGCCACAUAAUGUCCACGCCAACCUCCAGAUUCUUUACCCGACAGCCGACGAAGAACAGGCCCUGGCACUCGGUCCCGUUUUGGAAGUCAACGAGUAUGUCGAUGCCAUUUUGACUGUCGUAUUCGAUCACGCGAGAGCCCAGCGUGCGCAAUCGCACUCAUCGCAGGUGCUGCGCUCCAUUGUCUUCAGCAGUUACAAUGCUAGCCUCUGCACGACGCUCAACUGGAAGCAGCCCAACUUUCCUGUUUUCCUGUGCAACGAUCUUGGUAGAGAGGAGGUCGAGUCAGCGUCCACUAUGGCAAAUGCCCACGGACGACGCAGCACGUCGAUCAAGGAGGCAGUCAGAAUUGCCCAGAAUAACAACUUUAUGGGUCUAAUAUGCUACUCGCGACUUUUGGACUCGGUCCCUGCGCUUGUAGAUGCUGUCAAGUCGCACGGCCUGGCGCUCGUCAUGGACAAAUCGACCGACUCGCCCGACACGAGCCCGCUAGCGGAUCCUUUCCCGCGACCACCUAAAGGCGUAGACGGUGUUUUGAAGAAUCACGGCAUAUUGCGCUUCACCGACUCGAUAGACAUGUAG